UAGACUAAAAGGGUCACACUUGCGAAAAUCUAGCGCCAAUUUGCCGGCAUUUUUGCCGAUUUCCCGACAUUUUCCUUGAUAUCCUUGCUUGCAGACCAUGAAUUUCUCCAGGAGCAAUUGCUCGCCGUUGAGCAAAAAUCCCGUGGUGCAACGCAGCCUUGAUCUGCGAUUUCGAAGUGCCCAGGCCCGCUACUACCUCAAAUGGUGCUCGAUCAACGUCGUGAUCCUUUCGGUGCUCCUCUUGGACAUUUGCCAGGCGUGCCGCUCCGUGUACCGGACGUACUACUUCCUGGCAGAGUGCACCGUCACCGCCGUGGUGGGCCUGAGUGCGCUGGCCUGCUUCGGCAAGUAUGUGUGGUUAUGGUGCGGCGGCGACCAGGUGAUGGGCACCGACAUCCAGAAGCUCCUGCUGGACGGCCGCGAUGACAACUCCUUUAAGACGGUCUACUCACGGCCAGCGAUGAAGCCGCCCAGCUAUGAGCCGGACACAGAUGCAGAGGACGACAUACCGAUCGUCAACUGGCACUCCUCCUUUGAGGACUCCUGCUGGGGCACGCAGUCGAUGCGGCGCAGCCCCAGUCCCGCCCGGACUCCGGCGACGAACCAGAACGCCUCCUACAACUCGUCGAUGGUGCAGAAUAGCUCGCUGAACGCCAGCAACCUGAGCAGCGAGUCCACCUACAUGUCCCCCUACGCCGAGGUGCGCCGCGAGGACUUCAUUACCGAUCCCCGCAAGCUGCCCGCAAUGAUGAAACAGGCGGAGCGCGAACGCAGCAUGGUGGACAACGCUGAGGCGCCCAGUGUCCAAAGCAUGGGCUCGGCCAACUCCUUCUGGAACUACUGUAACAAUGCGGCCUACAUGCUGAAGACCACCAUCUACCAGUUGUCGCCAGCGCCGGCGGCUUCUACGGAGAACGCCCCCACCUCCAUCGAGGAGUUCGGCGGGUUCCAGUUCAAGGACAGCAACUCGGAGGUGAUCAAGCGCAUCUCCACGGACAAGCUGUCGCAGUACGUGGCGAACCUGAGAUUUUGGAUGUCCACCACCAUACUGCAGCGUUUGGUCAAGGAGAUCAACCAUGUGGACGAUGUGUUCCGCCAGCGUGGCCUCGUCGACCUUAAGUUCGGAGCCGUAAGCCUGGAGAGGCUGCGCAAGACCGCCGAGAAUCAGCAGUUCGUGCAAACCUGCGCCCCCAUGCUGCCCAUGCUGCUGCCCUUCCUGGACACCUUCAGUAACCAAGAGUACGUGGUGCAGCGCAUCAAGGAGCUGUCGCAGGGCUCCUGCAUAGCCGACUUCCGGUGGAACUCGGGCAACGUGCACAAUGGUCAGGAGUGGGGCGAGCACCUGCCCACCGAUGCUGCCAUCCUCUUCCAUUUGUUCUGCGUUUACCUGGACAGUCAGCUGAUGCCGUUGCCGCAGGGCGGCGGACGACCCUUCCACUCGCGCUACGUGCUGAUGCGCGAUGAGAAGCGCUCCACCAAGGACAUUGUGAGCGCGGUGCACAACAAGGCCCACUGCGCCAUCCUGUCCACCAGCAACCAGCUGAACCCCAAGUUCAACUUCAUCAGCGACAAGGAGCUGCACAACUGCGUCUACGACCGGAACAACCUGUUCUAUGUAAUCAUCCAGUUCCUCAUCUACAUGCGCCAGCACCAGGAGUCGGCCCUGGAGGGCGUCAAUCUGGGCAAGAGCGGCAUCAACAUUAUGUGCGUCGUCGAAGACUGAGGCCAAGAAACCAGGGGAACCCUUAGACACCCUUCAGACACUCGUUAUUUGUAAGCAUCACCUUCUGACUCGACCUCGACUAUCCAGUGUCCAGCGUAGUUCUCAUCAUCAUUCGUCACUAUUAAAUUAUGCAUUUGAAAUUAUCAAGUUAA